AUGGCUGAGUUGAAAACACAGAUACAAGCGAAGCGCUACCCUAGCUCAGACCGUCGAUUCUCCUUUGUGCCCGAAGGAGUCCUUGAAAGUUUAUUUACCGUCGACAAGAUCCGGUCAGCCUUGAGACACUCCAAGACACAGCGUGACAGAGAGUACGAAUGCAUAAAAUCAAUUCAGCAAGGUGGUAAAAAGACGUUCGCUAUCUUGGUUCUCAUACAAAGGGCCCAUCAAAUUAUAAACUUCAUUGAAAAUGAGCAGCUCCAAGGUAGCGAGCUUGACGCAAAGCUGCCUUACAGUAGCAAAGCCGCUCUCGAAAGUAUACUACCAAAGCCUGAUGCCGAAGAUUUCUACGAAAAGCAGUGGGAAUUCACAGCGCCCAUUUUCAGGCGCAAGACUGGUCAUCGUUGCCUUGAUGAACGAACUAUCUUUCCUUUUAUCGAAACGACGAGCCGCGAGGGAGGUGGCUUUGGGGCAAUCUACCAGGAGAAGCUACACCACAGCCACAGUACAGCCGAUCUAUGGACACAAAAGCGUCCGGACCAUACUAUCGUAAGGAAAGAGCUAAAAGCUUCUCAUCAAGAUACUACUUUUGAGUUCCAACGUGAAUGCCGAGUCCUUUCCUUCCUCAAUUGCUUAGAACACCCCAACAUUGUGGAACUUCUUGGCUCCUAUACUCUGAACGGAAUACAUAACCUCAUCUUCCCUGUUGCUGAUCAUGACCUCAACGCUCUAUUGCAAGGGCAGCAACCGUCAGACUUUUCAUCAGAACAAGAUUUUCUUUUCGCACUUUGUGGGCUGGCAUCUGCACUUGAAAAGCUUCACACAUACUCUUGUGAAGACCUUGAUGUCACGCUUAUCGGCUGUCACCACGACCUGAAGCCUGACAACAUAUUGCUUCUCGGCACGAAACUCAUCCUUGCUGACUUUGGGUUGUCCAGUUUCAAACCAGCCUCUGAGGGUUCAAAGACUACUUGCACGCCAGGUGAUACCCGUUAUCUUGCCCCUGAGUGCGAAGAUUGGGAUAAUUCCUUCCAGCCAGGCGAGGUAGGACGCAAAAGUGAUAUUUGGUCUUUCGGCUGCGUACUGUCAGAGGUUAUCACGUACAUGAUGCUUGGGCCCUUCGAGGUAAACCAAUUCGAACAGUCCCAGAAGGUAACUCUGGAGAAGUCAGAUGGAAGGUGGACCCUCUGUUCCUUCCACGCGGGCACGAAGCUCAACAAGAAUGUGGAAGUAUGGCUUACAACAUUGGACCACACUGCGACGACAGCGUGCAAAGGUAUGCUCAAUUUGGUGCGUCAAAUGCUAAGCAUCGACCCGGAUGACCGCCCGUAUGCCGACGAAGUUGCCCGCUGCUUGCGUUUCUGGACGAUCGAGAGCAUAUUUACCCAUGUGAACGUCGCUCUGAGCAGUAGAUAUCGACCGUACAGACGCGAACUCGACAUGCUAAUUGAAAUGGAGCGUCUGCACCUCUGGGGACAAAUCGUAGGCCUCAAAGGCCCUUAUGACAAAACUGUUUGGCAUAAAAACACUUUUACUGUUAACAAUAGCUUCCAUCAAACAUUUCAAAAUCUGAAAGACAUCGAAGAGAAAGUGGUACUACGGUCGGAAACAGGAGAUGAUCUUCAUACCAAAGCCAUCCAGCUCCGCAUGAUCAACGACAAAUUGGUGCAUACAUUGCCAGAAGCCUCGCAAGCCGCGCUUAAUAGUCUGCUAGAGCAGAAGCUAUUGAACACAGAUGAUCUGGGCUUCCUGGAGCUCAUAAAGCAAACUUUCGAUCAAGGUUCGCAACAUCGGAGCAUAGGGACACUUGCUGCUGUAAGAUAUAUGAACCAACUAUGCGAAGCACCUACCAAAGGUCACGGUAGACGCAUGCAGCUUGGAGAGGUAUUCUCCAAGCUACAAAAGUCUUUUCACCUCUUCUCUAUCGAGGAAAUCAGUGCAGAAGGUAAACAUCCAACGCAGGCGCUGGUUGAAAAAAUCAAAUACGAGGAAUUCUGGCUUAACAAAUUGGGCGAAGAACUCUUUGAUCGGAUAGGAUCAGUACUGGAGCUUCUUCGAACAGCCUCUCGUUCAGACAAGGAGUUGCGACUUCCCUCCCCUAUCGGCUGGUCACAUGACUUACCCAAUCAUACUUUCAAGCUGAUUUUCAGCAUCCCAAACUCAGGAAAUGCCAGCACGAAUGAUCCACCACGUAUCCAGACGUUAAGACAGUAUAUCGAAGCGAGCGAGAAGCACCGGCCAGCUCUCGAUGAUCGUUUCUUGUUGGCUCGCCGACUUACGGGCACUCUGUCGAAACUCCACAAGAUCAAAUGGGUGCACAAGAACAUUUCAGCGUUCAGUAUUAUCUUCUCCCUACAGCUAGAUGAUCGACCACACCAGAAGAUACCGUUGCCAUACCUGAUCGGCUUCAACUAUAGCCGUCCAAGUGAUCCAGAGUGGUGGAGUAGCCUGCCGCAAUAUGACAUCGCAGUCACAGACUACUGUCAUCCAGAAUAUUCCACACAAAUGACCAGGGUACGCUAUCAGCCCAGAUUCGACUGGUACAGUCUUGGCUUGGUAAUGCUUGAAAUCGGACUGUGGAGAACACUGGGAAGUAUGACGAAGAAAAAGGAGACGGAGGGGAUGUCGCCUCACGAGCUGCUGCAGCAUGUACAACGGAAAUAUGUGCCACUUCUUGACUUCUACAUGGGCAGAGGUUACAGAGAGGUUGUUGAGCGAUGUUUAGUAGGCGACAUUGGGCCAGAAACCUCGGAUAGGGAAGGCCAUGACACUGAUACAGAGAAGUUUGAACUUGUACAGACGGUGGAGGAACAACUAGCGAAUUGUUCAUUUUAG